UGGCAGGAGGACUCCUCGGGGCGGUCCAUUGAAAGGAAAGAGGAAGAGCAACCAGGAAGAGUUCUCGCAGCGAAGUCCCGCCUCCACUUCCGGGAACGAAUAGAACCGAGGCGCCCUAAUUGAUUCAGCCGGUGACCGGCUCGGAGCCAGGAGGACGGGCGAGCCCGGCGGAGGAAGGAAGGAAGGAAGGAGGCGCCGCCCGAGAGCAGAGGAAGCCCCGCGGAGCAGCCCCGGGAGGAUGGCCCGGCAGGGAUGAGCCGAGGGGGACUCUGGGAACGGAGGCCGCCCAGAGGGAGAAGCGGGGAGCAGGAAACGGGCGGAGACCCCGAGACGGGCCUGGAGGGCGGAGGGUCCUGCAGAAGAGGCGAAAGACCCGGGAAUCCCCAGAGAAUCCAGGAGGGAGGAGAGAAACAUGAGUGCCCGGAAUGUGGAAAAUCCUUCAAAAGAAAUGGAGAUCUUAACAAGCAUCUAAGAAUCCACACUGGAGAGAAGCCAUUUAAAUGCCUGGAGUGUGGAAAGAGCUUCCGUCAGACGGGAAUCCUUUAUGUACAUCAAAGGAUCCAUACAGCAGAGAAACCGUACAAAUGUCUGGAGUGCGGAAAGAGCUUCAGUCAGGCUGGACACCUUUAUGCACAUCAAAGAAUUCACACUGGAGAGAAACCAAAUAAAUGUCUGGAAUGUGGAAAGACUUUCAGUCUGAGGGAAAACCUGUAUAGACAUCAAAGGACCCACACAGAAGAGAAGCGGUAUAAAUGCCUGGAGUGUGGAAAGGGCUUUACUCAGACAGGUCACCUUCGUGAACAUCAAAGAAUCCACACUGGAGAAAAACCGAAUAAAUGCCUGCAGUGUGGAAAGAGCUUCAAUUGCAGGAGUAGCUUUUACGUACAUCAAAGAAUCCACUCGGGAGAAAAACCAUUUAAAUGCCUGGAGUGUGGAAAGAGUUUCAAUACUAGCGGAAGUCUCAAUAGACACCAAAGGAUUCACUCUGGAGUAAAACCGUAUGAAUGCUUGGCGUGUGGAAAGAGUUUCAAUACUGGAGGAAGUCUCAAAAGACAUCAAAAGAUUCACACUGGAGCAAAACCACAUGAAUGCUUGAAGGUGGAAAGAGAUUACUCUGGGUGAACAAAUCCAUAGACAUCUAAGUAUUCACACAGGAGAAAAACCGUAUAAAUGUCUGGAGUGUGGAAAGAGCUUCAGUGAGAGGAGCAGUCUUUAUAGACAUCAAAGAAUCCACUCAUGAGAAAAAUCAUAUAAAUGACUAUGGGAAGAGUUUUAUUGGUGAUGGAAACCUCCCUAAACCAUAAGGCCGACAUGUCAAACACAAGGCCUCCCGGCUGGGUGUUGCCUCCAAAAGACUCAGAUUUGGCCCCUGGAGCUUUUCCAAAAAUGGCAAGGGACCAGCCCCUGUUGUUCCAGCCCUGGCCCACCCCAACCCAGCUGGGCGCCCUCCUGGAGCACGCAUAGGAAACAGCAAGCGCGCAGGGGCUAGUGGUGCGUAGCAGCAACUGCAGCUUAUUUGCCUCAUCCCAUCUCGUCCCUCCUUGCCUCACUCAAUCACACCCGUCCAUGCCCUGCUUUGCUGGGCCUCUCUUCAUCCAGCUCUGCUUUGCCUGGCCUUGCCUCACCACACCAGGCUCCACUUUGCUGGGCCAUCCACCAAAGCACCGCUGAAAACAGCAGAGUCUGUGCGCACCUGUCUUGCCCACCUCCGCCAUGCUCUCCGUGGCACACUACAGCUGAUCUGAGGCGGCCGGCCAGACACCGAAGCGCUGCCGAAAACAGCAUGCCGUGAGGCUCGUCGUGCCAGUUGUGCAGUUCCACCACUUAUGGCUGCAGGCCUUGAGGCUCAUUGCACCGAUCGCACCGGUGCCGCUGCAAGCAGAACUGGAGCGAUCAAGACAACGAGCUUCGCAUCGUGAUGGUUGAGCACAUAGCAGGCGCAGACACAGACUCUGCUGUUUUUGGCAGAGUACACCCCUCCGUGCCUUUGCUAAAUUGGGGUGCUGUCUCUGAGAAGGCUCUGCUCAUGGCCACUGUUCUAUUAACCAAACCAGGGGGACCAUCUUGUCUUAAUGGAUUGUGAACAAAAGAUGAUUAGGGGACUGGAGGCUAAACCAUAUGACAAAUAUUUGUGGGAACUGGUUAUCUCUAGCCUAGUGAAAAAGGACUAGCGGGGGUGACAUGAUGGUGUUCCAAUAUUUGGCAGGUUGCCACGGAGAAAAAGGGGUCAACCUAUUUUCCAAAGCAUCAGAAGGCAAUAAUAGAUGGAAACGAAUCAAAGAAGAAAAGCAGCCGAGAACUAAGGACUUGUGCAAACAGCUAACCAGUGAAAAAGCUUGCCUUCAAAAGUUGUGGGUGCUCCAUCACUGGGACCUUUUAAGUAGAGAUUGGAUAUUCCAUUGUCUGGAAUGGUAUAUGUCCCCUGCUUGAGCAGGAGCUUAGACUAAAGGCCUCAAAGGUCUGUUCCAACUGUUAUUCUUUGAGAGAACUGCUGCGAACCUCUCCCCCUCCCCUCGUGCCUUCCUGGGUCCAGAGGGAAGGAAACAAGAGAGGGAAACAGGAAGGAAGGAAGGAGAUGGGAAUGAAAAGAAGGGAAGCAGGGAAGGAAGGAAAGAAGGAGGGACAUUGGAAUGAGAGGGAGGGAGAGUCUGAGGGACUCAUGCAUUUCUUCUUCCAUUCUUUUGUACUUUCUUGCCCUUGUUUGCACUUUCUUGUAACUUCUAUAUUUUUUAUCAUAAGCUUGUAAUUUAGAAGGUUUCUGCCUUAGCAUUUAGGUGCUUGUAACUUUCUAACUGCAAAAUAAGGGACUCUCUCAGGCUGAAUAACAAAGAACUUUAUCAAUUGUACAUUCUAGCCCACGGGUAGGCAACCUUGGCUCUUUUAUGACUCCUGGACUUCUUCAACUCCCAGAAUUCCUGAGCCAGCGUGGCUCAGCUUGGAAACCUCUCCCUUUCUCAGCAGGGCUGGCUGAGGAAUUCUGGGAGUUGAAGUCCACGAGUCAUAAAAGAGCCAAGGUUGCCUACCCCUGGGCUAGAUGAUUCAGCUGGCUGAAAAUGUCCCUUUUCACAACAGGUUUAUGUGGCUCGUCACGUCGCUUCCCAUGCAAACGUUCUCCUUUUAAUACAAUGCUCUUUCAAAUGGUUAUGCUUCAUAUUAUGGGAUGUUUAACUUACUGUCCACGUUUCUGAUGUAACAGGACUUCUUCCAUCCAAUCAACUAUUCUUUUGUACUUUUUCUGCUGUAUGUGUCCUGGGCUCGUCUUUUCAUUAGGGGAAACCUCUUUGUUAGAUUACUCUAAUAAGUUGCCUUUAAAAGAUCUUCCAUCUCUGCCUAAUUUGAACAAUGCAAUGUGGCAGAAUCUAGGCGUCCGACCUGCCCCAACCGGGUCCCUUAGGAAAGAAAGACCCUCGACGUCAUCGGAUUGAAGCAAAAGGUGCCUCUGGUACCAACCAAUUCUGGACUUCUAUGGGCUUCAUCACCUGUCAUUUCCCCCCUCCCUAUCACGUACACGCAAUCGUAUUGUCCAUUUGUCCACACACACACCCCCAAUGCCCUUCCAGAUGGCAGGAACUUGCAGGACCUGACACUAGAGCUAAUUCAGCCUUCACUGUUGGGGGUGUGACAGAGCUCCUCCCUGUCAUUGUUUGAUAUAAUCUAAAUGGGUUUUCCAAAGGUUAACCCCAUGUUAAUACCAUCCCCAGAUAUCUGAAAUUCUAAAUUGGAUGCUCUCAAUGGUACCCUUGUUUUUAAAGCUUCUUAGCAGAAAGAAGAGACUCUAAGGCAGUGCUUCUCAACCUUGACAAUUUUAAGGCAUGUGGACUUCAACUCCCAGAAUUCUACAGCGAGCAUUUUACGACGUUUCACGCCACUGUUGCUAAGUGAAUCCCUGCAGUCAUUAAGUCAGCAACGCAGUAGUUAAGCGAACCUGGCUUCCCCAUUGACUUUGCAAGUCAGGUCACAAAAGCCGAUCAUGUGACCCUCCCCAGGCACUGCGACCGUCAUAAAUAUGAGUCAGUUGCCAGGCAUUGCAAUUUUUGAUUACGUGACCACAAAGGUUGUAAGUGUGAAAAAUGGUCAUGAUCCUUGUUUUAGUGGUUGUAACUUUGAACGGUCACUAAAUGAACUGUUGUAAAGUUGAGGACUAUCUGUAUUAUGCCUAAAAUUUUCACAGUCACCCAGAGAUGACUGUGCUCUGCGCAGCCUUUUCAGAGUUUGCUUUGUCCUCCCGCAAUCACUGUUGCUCCGUAAAAAUCCUUUUGACUCAA